AAGACUCAUAGACUUGUGAACGAUUUCAAAAAGUCAAAAUGUAUCGCAGCGCUUUUGUUUUACUGGCUGUCGUAGCCACUUUAGUCCAUGGUAGUGUUAUUAAGUCACGUGUUCCGGAGUUGGAUGGUCGCAUUGUGGGCGGUGAAGAUACUACCAUAGACUCUUAUCCGUAUCAGGUAUCCAUACGUCUUUUUGGCUCCCACAUUUGUGGUGGCAGCAUUGUCAACAACCGCGUUGUAAUUACCGCUGCUCAUUGUAUAUACUCUUUCUUGGGUGCCAGCGCCUACAGCGUGCAAUAUGGAACUACGGUUGUUGGUGGCGACAAUAAUGUUGUCCUUGUUGAACGUAUUAUUAAGAACGAGAAUUAUGACUCCUCAGUCAUCAACAAUGAUGUUGCCUUGAUAUUUUUGGCCUCGGACAUUCCCUACAGCGCUACUGCCAAGCCCAUUCAAUUGGCUUCUGAAGAGCCUGCCCCUGGCACACCUGCUGUGGUUUCCGGUUGGGGUACUUUGACCGAAGGCGGUUCAGCUGCCUCUAUAUUGCAACAGGUCUCUGUUGAAAUUGUCGCCAGACCCGAGUGCCAAGAGAAAUACAGUGAUGUCAACCAAAUUACGGAUAAGAUGGUAUGUGCCGGUGUCAAUGGUGGUGGUAAGGAUGCUUGCCAGGGUGACUCUGGUGGCCCAUUGGUAGCCAAUGGAAAAUUAGCUGGUAUCGUUUCCUGGGGCGUAGGUUGUGCCCAGAAAAAUUUCCCUGGCGUUUACAGCAAUGUUGCUACUUUGAGAAAUUGGAUUGAUGCAAAUAUGGCUUAAAUGUAGUAAACCAUUAUUGGAGCUUAUAUGAUAAAUAAAUUGUUUGAUUAACUUAAAAA